GAUAUCAAAGAUUUUUUUUUUUUUAUAAAUGUUACUGAUUAAAUAUUCUAAGUAUUGUUUUAACGAAACGAGUUCAAGAUGUCCGAUGAACAGCUCCAAAAAUCUGAAUCAUCGAAGAAAGCAAGUGACACCGCGGAAAAUUCGAGGAUAUGUUCUUUCAGUAUCGAGAGAUUAUUAGCGCCAAGUAAGAAAAAUGAAGAAGAGAAUAAAUUUGCACAACAAACCGAUUUGUCAUUACUUUGCCAAGAAAAUAAUGAAUCGGAAACGAGAAUGCUUGUUGCACCCGAUUCAUCCAUGUCAAUGGCGGAGGAAAUUGAGCUUGACGAUACCGACAUGGUAUGCUCGACAUCUCCUGAGCCAGAGAUGUAUUAUGAAGCGUGCACUAGUAGUAGUGGUGCGAAUUCAACCACGAGUGCGGACAGAGAUAUUCAAGAAAAGACCGCCGCCGCUAUUAGUGACGACGAAAGGAAGAAAAGGCCACGCACCGCAUUCACCGCUGCGCAAAUUAAAUCUUUGGAGGCGGAAUUCGAAAGGAACAAAUACUUGAGCGUGGCAAAGCGGCUGCAGUUGAGCAAAAACUUGAAGCUUACGGAAACGCAAAUAAAGAUAUGGUUCCAAAAUAGACGGACUAAAUGGAAAAGAAAGUAUACUAAUGAUGUCGAAUUAUUGGCUCAGCAAUAUUACUCCAGUCUAGGAAUUCCAGCACCACGACCUAUUUUCGUUGGUGAUCGCUUAUGGUUCUUCAAUUAUCCAGGACAACCACAAUCAGGAGUAUCAUUGAUUCCACAACAUUUAACACCGUUGCCCAUGCCUCCUGCAUUACCCAUUAUUCAAUCAUUGCCCAGUAAUUUAUCAGUGAGGCAACAAACGUCUAUUUUUCAAAAUAUACCGACUAAUCAUCUCGCGCAUCAUCUUACUCAAAGAUUGGACUUCAGGCAUCACGAUCCUUAAUUUUACAUAAAAAUGUUAUCAGUGAUGGACAAUAUAAAACGUUAACAAUUAAAUUAUUUAAUAUACAGUAUGAUAUUAAAUUAAUCAAAAUUAAUCAAAAAUGGAGAUAUGUUAGAUUAUAUAAUUUGAAAUUUAUGAAUAUAUUGUGAUUAUAUAAAUUAAAAAAAAUGAUGUGCGCACAUGUGUCAAUAAAUUGAUACGAGAUUCGAUCGUGUCCCUUGAUAGAGUAGGUGCAUCCG